AUGUCCUACAGCACUAAUUUGCAACCCCCUCAGCCCGUUCCUGGCCUCAAGAUAACCGUACAAUUCGUCAUCAGCGAGCGUGAUGGCCAACCCCACAUCACCAUCCGACCCAUUGUCAAUCAUCGCCGUCUCCUUAGUCCUGUCGGCAACCGCUGGUUCAUGCCCUGGGAAGAACGCAUCCAAUCCACCAUCACCUUCCCUCCUGAGCGCGAGGAGCUUCGUCGAUACAUCCGCGAUCAAAUGCUCUGGUGCAACCCAACCGGCGUAGUUCAAGCGACCGACGACCAAAUCAUCUUGAAGGGAAUUCCUGAAGUUCUUCUACAUACAGUGGAGAAUUCGCGCUCAGCAUGCCGGAAGCAGGGAUCAGGGAAGGAGCUUCUGGAGGUGGAAGAGAUCGACUGGGCGGAUGUGGAGAUGAGUAGGGAUGGGUGGGGUGAAGUGUUCAAGGAGCUGGUGAAGGGGAGGAGGGAGUUGGUGGUUGGGGAGACGAGGGUGAGGGCACUUCCGCGGGAAGGGUUGGAUGUCGAGCGGAAGAGGUUGGUGUUUUGGAGUUCUCUAGUUUAGAAUGGUAGAUGGAAGGGACGGAAGUAGAUAGGGGUGCUGCCAGGGAAGAAGUAUAAUGGUUGGGUUGCCAGCCAUUCAGCAUGGGACUGAGUAUAGGGAAGACAAUGAGUGGGGGUAGACCUAUCAUCGCUCACAUGGGAAGAGUAGGAUCUGGAAUGAAUGCAAGAAGAAGAGAACUAUUAACUUGGC